CCCAGCAUUCAAUCGCCCUCCAUUCACUCAGUCUGCCUUUAACCCAGAACACUAUGUCCACCAGCCGCACUGAGGAUUUCUUUCUGAACAUGUCAGGACUCAACAGCAGUCUUUACAGCAACACCUCGGGGAACGACAGCGUGCCUGACCCUCCGCUGGAGGAGAUCAUGCUCCAAUAUCUGGGGCCACGGCGGUCGCCCUUCUUCCUCCCGGUGGCCCUCACCUACCUGCUGAUCUUCAUUGUGGGAGUCGGGGGCAACCUGCUCACCUGCACGGUGAUCGCCAAGCACCGCAAGAUGCGCACGCCCACCAACCUGUACCUGUUCAGCCUGGCGGUGUCGGACCUACUGGUGCUGAUCCUGGGCAUGCCGCUGGAGACGUACGAGCUGUGGCAGAACUACCCGUUCCCUUUCGGUGAGGGUGGCUGCCUCUUCAAGGUGUUCCUCUUCGAGAUGGUCUGCUUCGCCUCGGUGCUCAACGUGACGGCGCUGAGCGUGGAGCGCUACGUGGCGGUGGUGCAUCCGCUGCGCACGCGCUACACCGUCACCACUCGCCAUGUCCAGCGCGUCAUCACGGCCGUGUGGCUGGCCGCCCUCUUCUGCGCCCUGCCCAAUACCUCGCUGCACGGCAUCUACUACCUGGAACUGGACAGCGGACCCGUCCCCGAGUCGGCCACCUGCCACAUGCUCAAGCCCCUCUGGAUCUACAACCUGGUCAUCCAGGUGACCACCAUCUCGUUCUACUUCAUGCCCAUGACGGUGAUCAGUGUGCUGUACAUGGUGAUCGGCGUGCGGCUGGGCCAGGACCAGAGGUCGCGGGGGAGUGGUGGCGACUCGGGGAAGAAUGGCGGCUCCGAGGUCAGCUGGACCAUCCACGUGGAGGGAGGGAAGAGGCGGCAGAUCACUAAGAUGCUCUUUGUAGUGGUGGUGGUAUUUGCCAUUUGCUGGGCCCCCUUCCACAUUGACCGGCUUCUGUGGAGCUUCACCACGCACUGGACGGACUACAUGCACGGUGUCUACGAGUAUGUGCACAUCCUGUCGGGCGUGCUCUUCUACCUGAGCUCGGCCGUCAACCCCAUCAUCUACAACAUGCUCUCCAGCCGUUUCCGCGAGCGUUUCCGCGAGCUCGUCUGCCACAAGGGCGGCGGCGCCACAGCGGCCUCACGCAACAGCUCGCCGCCCAUCUCCAAGGUCCUCAAGAGUGCGUCCUGCUCCACACACGUGUCCAGCAGUGGACGCCGGAGCCGAGCCCGUGACACGGCCUCCACCAGCGGCUGGGAGCACGAGGACGAGACCACCUUCAUGUGAAGGACCCUUGACUGUGGAGACCACCUUCAUGUCAAAGACUCAUGACUGUGGAGACCACCUUUACUGUAUGUGAAAGACUCAUGACUGUGGAGACCACCUUCAUGUGAAGGACUCGUGACUGUGGAGACCAUCUUCAUGUGAAGGACUCGUGACUGCAGGGCUGUGCAGAGACCUUUUGAGGGGCAGGGGCUCAAAUUCAAAAACGGGCACAUGGAACAAGAUUUGUUAACAAUAUGUCAACAUUAUUUUAAAUACUGAAUUAUCCUUGUUCAAACAAAAUGUUUGGAGAGGAGAGUUGAGCUUUGGAGAAGCACAAUUGUUUUUCGCCUUAUUAACUUCAUUCUAGGAUGAAUGGAGAGAAUGACACUAACAUGUGUAUGAGAACUUAUAGUUUAAUUUGAUACCCUGUUCGCCCAACAAGCCUUAGAAUUUAUCUCAAUACAGAGGA